UGUAUUGUUUAUGUUUAUGUUGAAAAAUGCAUGUAUGUAGUGAAAUUUGAUAGUUACAAUUCGAAGUAACUGGAAGUAAUUUUGGGUGAUUUCUUAUUCGAGUUCGAGUAAUAACUAUAAUAAUUUGCCUACUUUUUAUUUUUGUUUCUUAAAUAAAGCAAAAUAAAAAGCUAUUUACAUUAUGUCCAAGGAAAUUUUCUACUUUUUUCAAAAUGUUGUAUGUACAUUAUUGUGCCUGUUUAUUGUUCGUAUUUUUAUAGUCUAUUUACGAAUUCAUAAAUCAAAACAAGUUUUACCUAGAGCCAAAUCGCUUUCUGUAAAAGUGAUGAUUCCUUUAGGAUCAGGAGGUCAUACAUUUGAAAUGUUUCGUUUAAUUCAGAACCUCAGCGAAAAGUUCAGACCCCGAAUUUAUGUGCUUGCUGAUACCGAUAGCCUUAGUGAACAAAAAGCAAAAUCUUUUGAAGAGGCAUUGCCAAGUAAGUCUGCUACAGAAUCCUACAUAAUAGAAAAAAUACCUCGUAGCAGAGAAGUUGGACAGUCAUGGUUGUCAACUAUAUUUACUACUUUAAGAGCUUGUAUCAUUGCACUUCAUUUAGUAUUGAAACACAAACCUGAUCUUAUAGUGUGCAAUGGACCUGGUACAUGUGUACCACUGUGUGGUGCAGCUUUUUUACUACAUGUGUUGGGAUGGAAACAGAUCAAAAUAGUUUAUGUUGAAAGCAUAUGUCGAGUUAAAACAAUGUCAUUGUCUGGUAAAAUCUUGUAUCACUUAGCAGAUCGAUUUUUUGUUCAGUGGCCAGGGCUGAAAGAAAAAUAUCCACGUGCAAAAUACAUUGGUAAACUGAUUUAAAGAAAUUGUAAAGUCAAAAAUAAAUUAUUUAUUCAUUA